AUGGCUUCUCAUCAAGUGGAAAAGACCUGGUGGAAAGAGGCCAUCGUUUACCAAAUCUACCCAGCUAGCUUCUCGGAUAGCAAUGGCGAUGGUCUCGGUGACGUCCGCGGAAUCAUCAACAAGGUGCCCUACAUCAAGUCUCUGGGCGUAAAUACAAUUUGGCUCUCCCCCAUCUACGCUUCACCCCAAAAAGACAUGGGAUACGAUGUUUCUGACUACCGCUCCAUCCACGCCCCAUAUGGCACAGUCGAAGACGUACAAGAGCUCAUCGAUCUACUCCACGCAAACGACAUACGGCUCCUGAUGGACCUGGUCGUGAACCACACAAGCGACGAACACGCCUGGUUCAAAGAAUCCCGCAGCUCAAAGACCAACCCAAAGCGCGACUGGUAUAUCUGGCGGGAUCCAAGAUACGAUGCACGAGGUCAAAGAAAAGAGCCUAAUAACUGGGCUUCUAUCUUCGGUGGGCCAGCCUGGCAAUUCGACGAGCAUACAGGACAAUACUACCUCGCUCUCUUCCUACCCAGCCAACCAGACCUGAAUUGGGAAAGUGAAGAUAUGCGAAGAGCAGCACACGACGAUAUGCGCUUCUGGCUUGAUCGUGGCGUGGACGGGUUCCGCAUCGACAGCAUGAACUUGAUGUCCAAACACCCCGAUCUACCUGAUGGGAAGGUCAUCAACGAUGAGCCCUACCAAAGUGGUGCAGAGUUCUUCGCUUCAGGCCCAAGGAUGCACGAUUACAUCCGUGAGAUGAGGACGAAGGUUUUCGAAAAGUACGAUAUCAUGACAGUUGGGGAGCUGGGAUUCACUAAAGACGAAGAUUCUGUCCGUGAAUACGUUGCCAAAGACCGACAUGAACUCAACAUGCUGUUUACGGGCGAUAUAGUCGAUAUGGAUUUCGGUGCUGAAGCAAAAUACGGACGAAACGAUUUCCAUCCGAGAAAGAUUCGCCAUCUGACAAAUAUGUGGCAGAAUGCUAUGCCUAAAUUCGAUGGCUGGAAUACUGUUUAUCUUGAUAACCAUGAUAGCGGUCGCUCGAUUACUCGGUAUGCGUCUGAUGCUCCUGAGUACAGGGCUGCGUCGGCUAAGAUGCUCGCGACGUAUUUGACUACGUUAAGUGGAACGCCGUUCCUGCUUGCAGGUCAAGAGAUUGGGAUGGCUAAUCUUGGGAAGGAGUAUGGAGCUGAAGCGUAUAUUGAUGUUGAGGGGAAGAAUUAUUACAACAAGGUUUUGAAGGCGAGAGGAGGUGAUGUUGGUCGGAUGGGAGAUGUGCUUAGGGAGCUGCAGCUCAAAGCGCGUGAUCAUGGGCGGCUUCCUAUGCAGUGGGAUAGCUCGGCGAAUGCGGGCUUUACGACUGCGUCUGAGCCGUGGAUGGUUGUUAAUAAGGAUUAUACGAAGUGGAAUGUUGAGAGUCAACUUGAUGAUCCUGGGAGUGUGAUGGGGUACUGGAAGGAAAUGAUUGCGAUGAGGAAGAAAAUGGCGGAUCUGUUCGUCUAUGGGUCUUAUGUUGCUCUUUCGGAGGAGGACACUGGGGAGAUGGUCCUUGGAUAUGAGCGGGUUUCUCAGACAGGUCAGAAGGCUGUUGUGCUUCUCAACUUUUCUGAUGCGGAGCAAAAAGUGUCAAAAAAAUUUGAGCAUCUUGCGCUUUUGGUUUCGAACCAGGGAGAAUUGCGUGUUGGAGAUGGAGAAGUUGUGCUUCAGCCCUUUGGAGCCGUGGUUUUGUAUAGUGCAUAG